AUGGCAGGAUACGUCAAACCAAUACCCGCGGCUACCGGCGGCCUCGCCUUCUCACGACUCCAGUCCGACGAUAUCAGAAAGAUCUCGGUAAAGAGAAUCCAUGUCACUCCAGCUCUGGAUUCUAUGUUUGGUCCCGUACCAGGAGGUCUGCAUGAUCUUGCACUAGGUGCGAUACAGGCGUUGGACGCAAACUGUUCUACGUGUCGCAUGAAUACAAUCAAUUGCACUGGGCACUGUGGACACAUUGAACUUCCUGUCACUUGUUACCAUCCACAAUACAUUGACUCGACUCUACGCCUUCUGCGUGCAAAAUGCGGUUACUGCCACCGCUUCAAGGCCGCCGAAAACUAUGUCAAUCAAACGGUGUGCUCCCUGCGAUUAUUGCAGUAUGGGCUUGUGGAAGAGUACAACAAUAUCAAGAACAUUUCCCUCAGAGGGGGACUACCACGGACGCCGAAGAAGACAAAUCUAGACCACGUAGUCGAAGAUGUGGCGGAAGUGGAACCAGAAGAGAUUGCUGAUCUUAUUGAACGGAGAACGAAGAUGACGAACCGGGCCAUCAGACGGGCGCGUAAGGAGAACAAAAUUGACGUCCAAGCCCUCAUCCGAAAUCCUAUCGCCAUUGCAGCCCGCAAAAAUGUCAUUGCAGAUUUCCUGAUGGAGGUUCCCAAUCUGAAGAGAUGCGCCCAAUGCGGCGGUGCCAGCAUCUCAUAUAGAAAGGAUAGAAGCGUCAAGAUUUUCAGAAAACCACUCGCAAAGAAGCAAAAGGAAGCUAUGUAUGUACUGGGGAAAAAGGCACCGAAUCCUCUUCUCUUCCUCAGGUCCGAGCAGACUCAGAAAGAGGAGUCAAAAAAGCCGUCCAUAGUCAAUGGAAUACAUGACGAGGACGUUGAGACGUCUGACAGCGAUGACCUUGAGAAGGCCGAACUGCACGGCGCCGAGGAGGAAAUCGCGAUGCGCAAUGCGUUAGAGACUUCGGCAGAAUUUAAGAAAGCGGACAUCGAGGAUCUCGACGACGUGCAGGCGUAUAUGACAACGAGCGAGGUGCACGCUGCGCUGACUUUGCUAUUCGACCGUGAGCAGGAAGUCCUCAGGCUAUUGUAUGCCUCUCGGCCUGAUCGAGACCCUGUGCCAGUUUCUCCGGACAUGUUCUUCAUCACGGCAGUACUUGUUCCGCCAAAUAGAUAUCGACCUUUGGCCAGACAGGGACCGAAUCAAAUACUUGAGAAUCAGCUAAAUACAGUGCUGAACAGAAUCAUCAAAGCGGCAGGCGAUGUUCAGCGCAUCUCGCGGGAGUUAAAAAGAGCAAAGGUCGACUCAACCGUCAGACCCAGGAAUUUGAACGAGAGCCUGCAAGCCGCAAUUGUGCUUCAGGAGACGGUAAAUGCGCUCAUUGAUUCUCCUGCGCCUGCAUCUGGUAGGCCAGCUGACCAAGGCAUAAAGCAAAUUCUCGAGAAGAAAGAAGGCCUUUUCCGAAUGCAUAUGAUGGGCAAGCGCGUCAAUUUCGCUGCCCGUAGUGUCAUAUCGCCGGAUCCGAAUAUCGAAACCAACGAAAUCGGCGUACCGCUUGUUUUCGCAAAGAAGCUCACCUAUCCCGAACCGGUGACAAGCCACAACUUUGAACAGUUGAGUAAGGCAGUGAUCAACGGUACCGAGAAAUACCCGGGAGCGACAGCGAUUGAGAAUGAGAACGGGAUGGUUCUCAGCUUAAAGCGCAAGACGGUCGAACAAAGAAGAGCCCUAGCAAAGCAGUUGAUGACUUCGACUGCUCCGGGGGCAAAAGGCGAGAAUGGCAAGAAAGUGUACCGACACCUCCAAACGGGCGACGUGGUCAUCAUGAACCGUCAACCUACUUUGCACAAGCCUUCCAUGAUGGGCCACCGCGCGCGCGUGUUAACGAACCAAAAGACCAUUCGAAUGCAUUACGCGAACUGCAACACCUACAAUGCCGACUUCGACGGUGAUGAGAUGAACAUGCAUUUCCCUCAAAAUGAGUUUGCUCGGACUGAGGCUCUUCAGAUUGCAGACACGGAUCACCAGUAUCUUUCUGCGACCGCAGGCAAACCAUUGCGUGGGUUGAUUCAAGACCAUAUCUCCAUGGGGGUUCAGUUUACCAGCCGAGACGUGUUCUUCGAUCGAGAUCAGUAUCAACAAUUGCUGUACAGCUGUCUUAGGCCAGAAGACUACAACACCGUGUUUGACAAGAUUCAACUUGUGCAGCCCACGAUAUUAAAGCCGAAGAUGCUGUGGAGCGGAAAGCAAGUGGUCACGACGGUUCUGAAAAACAUCACACCAGAGAGAUUCCGUGGCAUUAACCUUACGAGCAAAUCUUCGACAUCGUCAGACUCGUGGGGCGAAAAGAUGUCUGAUGAACCUGGCCAGUGGACUGUUAGCAAGGACAAAAUAGUCUUUAGGGACACGGAGCAAGUGGUUAUUUUCAAAGACGGUGAGCACCUUUGCGGAAUCCUCGAUAAGAGCCAACUUGGCCCGAGCGCUGGAGGACUCGUCCACUCAGUGCAUGAGGUCUACGGACACAUCACUGCAGGCAAAUUGCUAAGCAUCCUAGGCCGACUUCUCACAAGAUUUCUCAAUGAGCGUGCCUGGACCUGUGGAAUGGAUGAUCUCUAUUUAACCAAUCAAGGCGACAAUGACCGGCGACAAGAGUUGAAUAGAGCCAAACAGAUCGGCCUCGAAGUUUCAACCGAGUAUGUCACUCUGAAGUCCAGCGAGGCUGGCCAAGAAAAUCCCGAACUUCUCUCUCGACUAGAAAACGUGCUCCGUAACGAUGAUCAGCUCAAUGGUUUGGACCAAGUUUACAAAGCUAGAGUCAAAUCAAUCACGGACAAUGUUUCAAAGGCUUGUCUGCCCACUGGUCUACGAAAACCGUUUCCUCGGAACCAGAUGCAAGCAAUGACGAUUUCUGGAGCCAAAGGCUCUAGUGUUAACGCGAAUCUGAUCUCUUGCAACCUGGGUCAACAGGUACUGGAAGGACGGAGAGUCCCUGUCAUGGUCAGUGGUAAGACUCUGCCAUCUUUUCGAGCUUUUGAAACGGAUCCAGCCGCUGGUGGAUAUGUGUCAGGACGGUUUUUGACAGGCAUUAAACCUCAAGAAUACUUCUUCCAUGCCAUGUCCGGUAGAGAGGGCUUGAUCGACACAGCCGUGAAAACUUCCAAGUCUGGUUACCUACAGCGGUGCAUCGUCAAGGGGCUUGAGGGACUUCGAACGGAAUACGACAUAUCGGUACGAGAGAGUUCGAACGGAAGUAUCAUCCAGUUCCUGUAUGGAGAAGAUGGACUGGAGGUCACAAAGCAGAAACAUUUGAAAGAGUUCACCUUCCUGGCCGAGAAUCAUCACUCCGUCGCAACGCUCAUGAACGCCGAAGAGGUGAUCUCUAGACUCCAGCAGUCAGAGGUCAGAGAAGAACAGAAGUCCGUUCUCAAAUUUCUGAGGAAAUCCAAGCACAAAGAUCCAUUGACAGCUUCGUUCAGUCCAGCAAGCCAUCUGGGAAGCACUUCGGAGUUAUUUGCAACGGCGUUGAAUGAUUACGUCAAGGAGAACCCGAACGGACUGAUUAGGGACAAGAAGGCUAACCCGAAUGGCACGCUGGGAAAGAAGACCUUUCAGACAAUCAUGGAUUUGAAAUACAUGAAAUCCGUCGUCGAUGCUGGAGAGGCCGUCGGAGUUGUCGCAGCACAAUCCGUAGGAGAACCUUCCACGCAGAUGACCUUGAACACUUUCCACUUAGCCGGCCACUCAGCAAAGAACGUCACCCUCGGCAUUCCUAGACUGCGCGAAAUCAUUAUGACUGCCAGCGCUAAGAUCAUGACCCCAACAAUGACACUCAAGCCCAUCGAAGAGUUGAACAAUGCUGAAGGAGAGCGCUUUGCCAAAAGCAUCAGCCGAUUGCCGCUGUCUCAUGUCAUUAAUGACAUGUCCGUCACCGAGAGGACUGGCGGCGGUGCAGGACAUGAGAAUGAAAGGAUUUACGACAUUCGAAUAGAGCUGUACGACCCGAAGGAAUACGAAGAGGAAUAUGCCAUCAAGUGGAUAGACGUGCAACGAUGCUUUGAAGUAAUGUUUCUUCCGAGAUUGGAUAAGAUGAUUAAGAUCGAGCUCAAGAAGAAGGCGAAAGAGGCCGACCGUUCAGAAAUUACGGCGGCUGUCCCAAAUGUUGGCGCAUCGGUCGGUGUUGUCGAGGACGCCGGGACAAGAGGUCCAGGAGCUACCGAGAAUGAAGGUGGCGAGGACGAUAUCGACGAAGAAGCAGACCCUGACGACGCCAAGGAUAUGGCCGCCAGACGUAGGCGAGAGAACACCUUCGACGAGCCCGACGAGGAGGAAGAUGCCAUCGCACGGGAGUCAAGCGAUGAAGUAAUGAGUGACGACGAGGCUGACAGAGACGAUGAAAGAAACAACUCGGGCGGCAGUCAGAAGGCUAAGAAAUCUAGAAAGCCUCAAAACCUCGGGGAGCUGGACUCGGAUGAGGAGGUAGAUGACGAGGCAGGCGAUGCUGAAGCUUCGGCGGAUGAGGCUCGACUCAACCAAUUGAAGAACAAACUCGAUCAUCUCAAACGCUUCACCUUUGCAAGGAACCAGGGCAAAUCCUGCCGCAUUGUCCUCAGCUACAGCUCCAAGACACCCAAACUGCUUCUCCUUCCUCUUCUCGAAAAAUGCGCGCAUACGUCGGUUAUCCAAUCAAUCCCCGGGCUUGGCAUCUGCACGCUGUUUAUGGAAGAAGUCCACGGACCUGACGGGAAACCGGUCAGAUGCGUUGAUCCACAGACAAACAAGGAGGAGAUAGUCAAACAGCCGAUGAUCACGACUGAAGGUGUCAAUUUACUCGCCAUGCGCGACUACCAGGACCAAAUUUACCCGCAUUCGAUCUACACCAACUCGGUGCACGAUAUGCUGAAAUACUACGGCGUCGAGGCGGCGCGAGCGACGAUUGUAAAGGAGAUUGACACGGUCUUCAAAGGACACGGAAUUGGUGUGGAUGCGCGGCAUUUGAGUCUCAUUGCCGAUGCUAUGACGCAUUCGGGGAGUUAUCAGCCAUUUAACCGGCAUGGUCUUGUAAAAGAGGGAGGCAGCGUGUUAGCAAAAAUGAGCUUCGAGACGGUCAUGGGAUUCCUCAAGGAUGCCGUGUUAUUUGGCGAACGAGAUCCAUUACUGGGUCCCAGUGCGCGCAUUGUUGCAGGGAGGAGGGGUAAUAUUGGCACAGGAGCGUUCGAUGUGGUUAUGCCUGUACAUUGA